AUGAGUUCUAGAAAGAAGGGAAAUGUGGAAGGAGACCGACUAAGCCGCUUGCCGGAUGAUCUUAUACAUAAAAUCAUGUCUUUUGUUAGCAUCAAACAAGCUGUUGAAACCAGUGUUUUGUCACCCAGAUGGAGGUAUAUCUGGACUUCAAUGCCUUACCUCAGUUUCUCAAGUAAUGAUUUCCGUACAUUGCCCAAGUUCUCCAACUUUGUUAAACAUGUUUUGUCCAGCAGAAAUAAUCAAGUCGACGUGUUUUCUGUUGAUCUCACCUUUCGUGGAAAGGUCAGCCAGGCAUUUGUCAAAAGAAUUUUAGACUAUGCAUUCUCCCACAAUGUCCAACAACUGAAUUUUACUUGCAUACAUGAUAAAAAUAUUGAACUUCCACUUUCUCUUUUUAGUUCUCGGUCUCUUAAACAUCUCAGUUUGACCGGGUAUAGUAGUUAUAGUUACGAACACUGCAUCAUGACCCCACCUACUUGGGAGCUGCCAGCUUUAGCAACAUUGAAUCUCCAUUGUGUCACAUUGCAUGACAAGGGUGCUAGUCUUUUCUCCCACUGUGCAAACUUGAAGAAUCUCACCUUAAAGAGUUGCACUAUGAUGGGCUUGGAUACAUCUAAUUUCAAAAUAUGUCAUCCUGGACUAUCUAGUCUAACACUCGAAGAUGGUUAUGAUGGCAUCGAUGUGGUUACACCUCAACUCAAGAAUCUCAUUAUAAAAGGUUGGCAAGGGAUACAUCUGAUUUCUGCACCCAACCUUUCCUCCUUGCAUUAUAUAGAAGAUUCUUGUUCUCUAAAGAUUUCUGCAGACCUUCUCUAUUUGGAGAAGGUGGAUGUAUGUAUUUCCUACGUUUAUGAUAAGGCAGCUGCUCAUGAAGUUGUUUCUCUGCUUCAACAACUCUAUAGUGUCAAAUUUCUUUCACUUAACUUGGAACUUAUCAAGGUAUACUGGUAUUGGUCAUUAUUCCUCAAUGUUUAUCAUGCAUAUCUAACAAAGAUUUAUAAUACAAACAGUGAAAAUAUUCUUGUGAUUGAGAAAAACGAUAAAAAGAGGUAUAUUCGAGAGUGUUUACUGUCUUUCUUCAUAUGUGGAGCUAAUCUCACAUCAGCCUUCUCCAUUUACCGACUUAAAGAGUUUAAAGAUUUAUCCGACAUAUGUUCCUCUGGUGGGGCAAACACAACCAAAACUAACUUUGUCUCCUGA